UCUCAUUACACUGGCGCAAGGGUUUCACGCAAGAAAAGCGUGGGUUCUUAUAUAUUUCACACGUCGGAUUCUCAAUCCAUUUCUACCGAGGAAUCAUACUCACCAUGACGGCUCUCAACGUUGAUGUCGCAACAAGAGUUUCGACUGAUGCCGCUGAACGAUUCGUGGAAUCAUACUAUCCGGCUUUGCAAAAUGCGCGGUCUACUCUCGCCUCUUACUACGUCGCACCGUCCGCCAUGCCCGACGGCAAACCUAUCCCGGCAAUCGUUUUCAACGGAAACAUUAUACAAACCGCCGCCGACUUCCAGGCCAUGUUCGAGAAUCAAAUGCCUCCAGUAUUCUACGACGUACAAUGCUACGACUGUCAAGUGUUAAAUCCAAGUCUCGUGACCGCUGGUGCACAGACGGCGCCUCCAGAGUCCGGAAAGAAUAUGACCAUCCUACUCAUGGUCAGCGGCUAUAUUAGAUUUGGAGAGCUGAGAGAUGGACCGAUCCGCGGUUUCAGCGAGACAAUCGUUCUUGCUCCAAACCCAGAAGCUGCAGCUAUAAAGGGACGCGGAAAAAGUGUAAAGGGCUGGCUGAUUCAAAGCCAAAACUUUAGAAUGGUGGUAUAGUCGGAUAUUGGUAUUGUCAGGAGAUUAUUGGCAUUUUCAGCGAUUGCAUUUUUCUUCGAAAGGUUUAGAUGGCACUGGAGUUGUGGGGUUUCUUUAUUAAGGGUAUAAAAAGAAACGGAAAUGGUCCCAAAAGUCU